UGGGCGGACAUGCAGAGAGCACUGCAGCAGUGACUGACUGACUGACUGACUAACUAUUGGAAAAUAUAAUAACACAAAAAUAGUACUGAAGAAAACAUCCUCUCGUUUCGUCAAAUGUUUAAUGGCGGUAAACAGCUUCAACAAAAAUUAAAUCACCACUACAGACAAAGAUAAAAAAGCAUGGAGGAUUCCUGUCUGGUCCGAUGUGACAGCCUGGAUGCUGGGUCAGGGAGUGACAGGGAGUUGAUGACCUCCUUCGACCAUAUAACCCUUGACCCUGAGGGCUCUGAGCCCACAGCAAACCUCGAGCCUUCGCCAGCAGAACUGGCUCAGUGUGAGGCUGACGUGGGCACGUUGCUUAGCAUCAUUGCUGAACUGAACAAGAAGAUGGGAUCAUUAAAGGCACCAAGUGAACCAGGGGACCUGAGACCAGCAGGACCAUCCAGGCCUCUGGUUCCAGACCUCCUGUCCCACAGGGUGGCCAGAAGCAGCCCAGAGAGGAAGACUGCCUCAGCUGCCACUUCCAAACCUCCACUGACUGACAGAGGGGGCGGUGGUGUAGUGUGGACUAAACUCCAGGAGGUUUUAACAUCAGUGGAGGACUCCAUCAGCUGUAAAAGGUCCUGGGCUGCCCCCAUCACAGCUUCUGAUCAGGACAAGCACCGAGAGCAUCUGAGAGCAGCCCAGGAGAGCUGGGUCAAGGCCACUCAGAUAUUGGAGGAGAUGGAAAUAGAGUUUGGGAUUUCAUGCCCAGCAGGCCUGCCAAAGGACCAGCAUCCGGAGGCCAUCCUGGAUCUGGAGAAGCGAGACUCUGCUCUCAGAAACACCUUUCAGAGUUCCCAGGAGGAGCUGGAGAGAGCACAAAGCACUGUCAGCCAGAUGGAGGAGGAGAAGAACAAGCUGGUCGGUCUCCAUAAAGCCUGGAGGUCAGGCAGUCGUUCUCCCUCCUAUCGGCCCACUGCAGGGGCUCUUAGUCCAGAUUGGGCUUCUCCUCCCUUCCCUGGUUCACCGUUACUCUACAGAAGAGCAGCCAGAGCUGUAACACCUCUGUCUGUGGCUGAGGAUGGUUCUCCAGUAGGCUCUGGUAACUCAUGUAGUCCUUGUCGCAGCCCCAUCAGCCUGGAGUCUGAGACAGAACGACUGAACAGGUGCAUUGAGCGGCUGAGGGCCAGAAAUGAACGGCUGACUGCAGCUCUGGAGCGAACGAAGGGAGAGUCCGAACAGAUCAGUAUUACACUAAACAGACUCGAGGCUAACUGCUCUGCCCUGCAGAUGGCUCUCAGCUACUGUGAGGAGUGUGAAGAGGCCUACAGCGAGCUGCUGUCACUUUAUGAUGCCAAGAAGCAGCAUAGCAUUCCUCUGCAGACAGACUCAGCAGAGGCGGUCGGUGACAGCCAGAAGCCAGACAGUCCGUCAACUCAGCUCAUAAAAAUGGGAACUGAAGAGCUGUCCACCUCCUUCUCAACAGCAGGAGUCACAGAGGGGACGGAAAUACAGAGUCACACAGGGCACAGGUCAGGUCACUCACUACCUGUAACACACAGGACACCUGAGCUGGUGGGGCGAGAGGCAGUUCUCCGUCAGCAAAUUGAGCAUCUGAAGAGGAAGCGGGCGGCCAUUUGUCUACCUAAACCGAGUCCAGGAGUUGAGGGCAAAAUGAGCCCCGAAACUGGUCACCUGGCCAGAUCAAGAGGGGGACAUGUGACUAAAGAUAACGCCAAACCUCCUGAUACAAAAAAAGAGAAGGCUUCCCUCUUCUAUGAACUCAUCUCUGUCAGGGAGGAGAUGUCAGAUCUGCGAGCUCUAAUCCGCCUCAAGGAGAAAGAGCUGAGGUGUUUGGAGUGGGGUUUUAUGGCCCAGAAGGCCCAGGAAUCAGCUGGAGCUUUCGCUCCAGAAAGCCUCAGAGAGGAGAUGGAGGAUCGUAAGACCGAACAACAGAAGCUCUGUGAAAAUGUGGCUGAACUGGGUAAUGGUGGGGACAUCGCUGAUCCUAGAACCAGACCCAUUCUGAAAGAGCUGCAGGCCGUCCUGCAAAGGGAACAAGCCCUUAAGAAGAGACUGGCUUUAGUCCAAGACUCACUUAACACAGCUCUGUCAGACAGCACGCCGCACAGGAGGGACAAUGGAGAGCAGAUUGCUCGGCUCACACAAGCUCACAGUAAAGCCUUGAGUUCGUACCGGCAGAUUCGCAGGAAGUACCGGGAGCAAGUGUGGAGGCUGGAGCAGAAAGUGGCGGCCAUGACGGAGAGUCACCACCACCAGAGUGGAGCUCAGAAAGCUGCAGGGGAAGCCUUGGAGUGGAGGAGGGAAGAGACUGUUCUGUGAUCCUGUGACUCUUCAGUCAGAGAAUCAGCCUCAUAAGUGUCAAGUUUAUCCACAUAAACUACAAUGGACAGCCCUGCUAAAUCCAAGUCCCUCAUAUGUUGUACACCAUUCAGAUAGAAGCCUCACUACUGCAGACUCUUUUAGCCAUGCUAGCAGCUUGGCUAUAUGAUUAGCAAUGUUGGCCCACCGCUUUGGUCGAGACUGAAAUAUCGUAGUAACUGUUGAAUGGCGAAAUGUCCCAACAACUAUUAGAUGGCUUGCCAUGAAUUUUGGUGCACACAUUGAUGUCCUAUUCAGGAUGAACGUUGGUGAUCCCUUUAAUUUUCAUAUAGUGCUGGUUAGCAAAUAUUAGCAUGUUAAAAUACUAAACUAAGAACAUUGUCAACCCAUCACUGAUAUCUACAGCAGUCUGUCAUCCAUUGGCUCUAGAGAGGUAAAUAUAGAGUAGGGAAGUAGUUUAACAUGGAAAACAUUGUCACUUCUGCCUUUUCAACCCUUCUGAGAGUCACCAAUAAACUGAACAGGAAUCGAAAGCCUAACUUUUCUAACAGGCCUCACACAUCACAAGACACAUUUCUCAUGUCUGAGAAACAGCUGUCAUGAAUGUGAAAAGCAGGUUCAAGGACUGAACCCUCUGAGGAUCUCGGGACUGACCUCGAAAGCGCACAUGUCCUUUUUCCCGUCCGUACAAGCCGACUGUAUAAAGCCACUCCCGGCCUGCCUUGCGCUUGUCACAAAGCUCAGAGAAGGGGGAUGGGGGCCAGGACAAUAGCUGAUGUGUACACAAAAUGUACGGCCAGCCCAUUUGUCUUCUUAGCACUUUCAUAGUGCUCCCCAUCUUGCUCUCUCUGCCUUUCAGUAUAUCCACUUCUCUACAAUGGUUUAUUUGUAGCCAGCUAUGACGAUCUAUGACAAAAAAUUGCUGUAAAGCGGAUCCUUUUGAAAAAAGAUAUUAUUAGUAUAAUUUUUUUUGGAGAGUUUAAAGAGCAUGCUACGAACUCAAGAUGAACACUUUAAAAAAGGAUUAAAAUGAAUGCAGCAUAACCAUAUAAAGAUAUGAUCUUUUUCAUCGUUAUCCACGCAUUCCUCUUCCUUGUCAAAACCUGUUGCGACAUUACCCACAAUGCAAAUCAACCGUUAACAGCUUGGUCAGACAUUAGGGUGUGUUAUGCUAAUAGCAGCUAAUGUAGCAUUGAGCCGUUAGCCUUUAGCAGAGACAAAAAUUGGGUAAAAGUGGAUAAUUUACAUGCAACAAUAUUUUUAUUUAAAAUAAUGUAUUAUCAAUUAACGGUUUAAA